UUCUCUAACGGAGGUCUGAUGGAGGUCUGACGGAGAAGCUGGUCAAUUGAGUUCCAGCGGUGGUGGUCCAGCGGUGGCGGUCCAGCGGUGGCAGUCCAGCGGUGGCGUCCACCUCAGAAUGAAGCACCCACGCCUUCACUCCUUCACCCUCCUCCUCUUCGCCCUCCUCCGUCUGGGCCGGAGCUCGGGCACGGUGGAUAACCGGCCCUCCUGCCGUCGAUGCGACCCUCAGCUCUCCUGCAACUGCUCCUUUGGCGGAUUCACUCGUGUUCCCACGGUAACUGACCACGCCCGGACUCUGGACCUCUCCUUCAACAACAUCACCGCGGUGACCGACGACGACCUCAAGGGCCACGAGCAAUUGAAGGUUCUGGAUCUCCACGCUAACAGAAUAGCCAUCAUCCAUCCGUCAGCGUUGGACUCUCUGUGGAGCCUGGAGGAGCUUGACCUGUCCGACAACCAGCUGAGCACCCUCAACCACAGCUGGUUCAGUCACCUGGGAGCUCUGCAGAAGCUCCACCUGCUCAACAACCCGUACAGCCGUCUGGGAUCUCCUCCGCUGUUUCGAGGACUCGUCGGACUCAGGAGUCUGGCAUUUGGAGGUCCAGCUCUGCAGGAGUUGAGGAGAGGAGAUCUGCACGGCGUCACCCAGCUGGACGAGCUCACCGUGCACGCCAACAACCUGGCCAGAUACCAGUCUGGGGCUUUGGCCGACAUCUGGCCGCUCGGUCGCGUCACCUUAAACGUCCAGGGCCUAACAAACGUCACCUUGACCUCGGCCGUGCUCAGUGACGUGUCGUACCCUGAGACGCCCAUCACCCUGGAAGACAUUCACAUGACCGGGAAUGAGUCUGCUCAGGCUUUGAGAGAGGCGGCCAGGAAGAGAAUCAGGCAGCUUUCCUUCCGAAACCUUUCUGUGUCUGAUGAGGUGUCUAUGGACUUCCUGUUGCUGUUUGAUGGGGCACCGCUGACCUCCCUUUCCUUCGAUGGUCUCACUCUUACUGGCAAAGGCAGUUGGGUACGUGCCAACAAGACAAACCUCGGAAGCAUGGACGAGAUUUUCGUCAGGAACCUCGUGGUGGUGGACAUUUUGAGCUUUUUCAUGACUGCAGAACUCUACUUCCUGUUUCAGUUCCAGAGGAAGGUGUCCAUCAUAAACUCCAAGCUGUUCUUGGUGUCCUGUAAAACAACACAGGUGAUGGUGAACGUGGAGUAUCUGGACGUGUCGGACAACCUGCUGACGGACAUGACGCUGGAGUACAUGAUGUGUGAAGGCAGCAGCACGUUGAAGGAGCUCCGGGUUUUGAACAUCAGUGGAAACCCUCUGAAGUCUUUGUCCAUGGUGAGCCGGUUGGUUGCGAAGCUCACCAAACUGACCCACCUGGACAUCAGCAGAACCAGCUACAGCUCCAUGCCCUCCAGCUGCUCCUGGCCCUCCGCCCUCCGAUACCUCAACAUCUCCAUGUCGAAGCUCACCACCACCACUCCCUGUCUACCCACAUCGCUGGAGGUGUUGGACCUGAGCUACAACGAUCUCAGAGACUUCACGGUGCUCCUGCCCGUGCUCAGAGAGCUCUACCUAUCUGGGAACAAGUUUCUGAGGUUGCCUUCUGGGCAUCUCCUCGUAAAUCUGCGCACCCUAACCAUACAGUCCAACACCCUGAAUGUGUUCAGCCACUCAGACCUCCAAUCGUUCAGACGACUCCAGAACCUCCAGGCGGGCCAGAACAAGUUCAUCUGCUCCUGCACCUUUGUUCCCUUCCUCCAGUUUCAUCUUCGAGGAGAUGGAGACGUUCAGUUGACGGAUGGAGAGGCCAGCUACAUCUGUGACUCCCCUCUCCACCUGCAGGGGAAGCCCGUGAGUGGAGUCCACCUCUCUGUCGUCGAGUGUCACCAGGUUCUGUUUGUGUCGGUGAGUUGUGGGUUGGCGUUGGUCGUCGGGGUCGUGCUGUGCGUCCUGCUCUGGCGACUCCACGUCUUCUGGUACCUGAAGAUGACCUGGGCGUGGCUCAAGGCCAAGCGCAGCUCCAAGAACCGGCGGCGUAGAGAUACGGAGGGAUGGGAAGCGUUGCUGUCCUUCGAUGCCUUUGUUUCCUACAGCGAAAGAGACGCUGGCUGGGUGGAAAACUUCCUGGUACCUGAGCUGGAAGAGCCCAGUGACUCCAACUCCGGGAACGCCAGUUCAUUCACCCUUUGCCUCCACAAGCGGGACUUCCUUCCUGGACAUUGGAUCAUGGACAACAUCAUGAACGCUAUUGAGCGCAGUCGUCGGACCGUCUUCGUCCUCUCUGAGAACUUCGUCCACUCCGACUGGUGCCGCUACGAGCUGGACUUCUCCCACUUCUGGCUCUUCGACGUCGGCGGCGACGCGGCCAUCUUGAUCCUGCUGGAGCCGCUGUCCAAGGACGACGUUCCCAAACGCUUCUGCAAACUGCGCAAGAUCAUGAGCUCCACCACCUACCUGGAGUGGCCUCAGGAGGAGGAGAGGAGGCCGGAGUUCUGGAGGAGCCUCCGCAACGCUCUGAGGGGAGACGAGGAGGAUAAUUAACUUGUUGCCAUUCCUGUAAAAGUCGCCUAAAACGCCUAUCCAAGGCAUACCCAAAGUAAAUUGAAACCUGUUCUUGAACCUUUUGAAGUACAUAGAUGGUUUUGGUCUCUUUUAAAAAGGUAACACUCUGAGGUUUUUACCCCAACUGUCAGAAUCACUAACUCCUACAUUGAGUAAUCUAAGUUUGAACACACUGAAAUAGAAGGUUUUUAUUUCAGCCAGAAAUUUGUUUUGUAAUCAGAUGUCUGCAGAUGAGUGUAGCUGGGACUUAUUAGCUGGAAAACACAAUGGCACCACAGCAUGAAGCCUUAUCUAGUGCAUUUUCAAAUUUGAUAACAAUACCACAUAAAAUUCGUAUUUUACACAUGUUUCUGUAAGAUUAUGUCUAGAGCUUUAAAAAAAUGGCCAUUUGGAGAUGCCAAAAAGACACUUGGAUAACCAUGGGCAUAACUCUUGAACCUUUGGGCGUGUUCCAGCCAGCUCACUCCAUUUACAACAUGGCACCGCCCAGAAUAAUGAAAGAGAAAAACCCAGGCGUGAUGUCAUCAAGGCUUUUUCCACUACUUAUAUAUUCCAUGUUUUUAUUUGAGUAACUGUUUCCAGAAAGAACUUCAGCACAUCUGUGAAGAUGUUCAUUCAAUAGUUUACUCAAAUAUUAGUUGUUAUUUUAUCUUUAAACCAUUAAUUUCUUCUAAAGUAUUUCUAUUUCCUUGUUGCUUGAGGCUAAAUGACCUGUUAUUUUGGCUAAAUUACUAUUUUAUUUUAGCAGUAGUGCAAGCCGCAGGCUAGUUAUGACUUUUUUCAUUACCUAAGCUAACCGUUGGACCGUUGGACCACAACCGUUGGGGUGGAACCAAACCUAGACCCCUUGCAGUUUGCAUACAAGCCGCGUAUUGGAGCUGACGAUGCACCUCACCUUCCUGCUGCGCGGAGCCUUCACGCACCUGGACAGGGCAGGCAGCACUGUAAGAGUCAUGUUUUUCCACUUUUCCAGUGCGUUUAACACCAUAAGACCUGUUCUACUAUGGGGGGAGCUCCUGGACAUGCAGGCGACCGACUCACUGGUCACCUGGAUCGGGGACUACCUCCCAGGCCGGCCACAGAACACCAACUCAGACACUAUACUGAGCAGCACGGGGCUCUUCAAGGGACUUCAAGGCCUUUAAUGUUCACACUUUAAACCUCAGACUUCAGGUACACAAUCAUGCCAUCUGCAGAAGUGGAUGACUCUGCCAUUGUGGGCUGCAUCACUGGUGACCAGGAGGCUGAAUACAGAGAUGUUGUGGGGACAGAACCACCUGCAACUCAAUAUAAGAAAAAAUAAAGAGCUGCAGGUGGACUUCAGGAACAAGAGAACAACCCAUCCCCACAAUCCUAUCAUCAUCAAGUCUUACUGAGGUGAACACCGUGGAUUGCUACAGGUACCUGGGGGUUCACAUAGACAAUAAACUGGACUGGACAGCCAACACCAAUGCCCUCUAUAAGAAAGGGCAGAGUCUCUUUUUCCUAAAGAGACUCAGGUCAUUCAACGUCUGCAGGACCAUGCUGGGAUCUUUUACGCUGUGGUGUGCUGGGGCAGCAGGGUGAAUGUAGUAUGUAGUGCAGUACUUUUGCAUGUAGUAUCAGUGUCAUAGCAAAACCAAGAUAAAAUAAAGAUACAGUGUGAACGUUACUGUUGGUAAAGAGAGCAUAUUGAUGGUUACAUAGCUGGAGAGCAUAUCCAUACAAUGGAUUAUAGUGCUGGAUACAAUACAAUCGGAGGGAGGUGUUCAUACUGUAGGCUCAUCAAUGUGAUGUGAGCCCAUAACGAGUCCCAGACUGGUGCUUUGGUCUGGUUUGUAUUGUUCAACUUGUUGAGAAGUUCAUAUGAAGCUGUUUUUAUCAUAAUGUUUAUUCACUCUUUCAGUUCCGGGUUUUUUUGGGUGUUUCCCACAGUUUCAGUAUCGUUCUGGCAGCCGUUGUAGUUUCUGCCAUGAUUACAGAGAAUACUCUGCUAGUUAUGUUGUGUAUUUGGCUUCUGUUCCCUAAUAGGCAGAAUCUGGGAGAUAAUGGUAUGUCACUUCCCAACCAGUUGCUCAGAUUGUUCAUUACAGUUUUCCAGAAAGGCAGAAUGACAGGACAAUCCCAUAUGCAGUGUAGUAGAGUUCCUAUGUGUUUUUGACAUUUCCAACAAAAGUUAUUAUUUAUUAUACCUGCUCUGUUGAGUCUUUGUGAAGUCCAGUAAUACCUGUGUGUUAUUUUGUAUUGUGUAAAUUUCCCUUUAGCGUCCCUAAUGUAUUUCCCAUUGUUAGAUAUGAUUCUCAGCCACCCAUGUUAUUUUCAGGCCCCUAUUUUCAAGGAAAAUGGCGUUAUACAGAAUGCAUUCUUGUUCUCCAGAAUGCAUUCUGUAUAACGCCGGGUGAUUUU